AUGGUGGGCAUUUCGUCCUUCUUCCAACUUUUAAUUUACAAUUUGAAAAAUUGCGAAGACGAGUGGAGCAUCCAGCAAAAGGUAAACGAAAUUCUGGACCGUCUGGAUGGCUACUUUAUAAUUCACGAUUUUGAAGAGGACCCAAUGGAAAGACGCAAGAGAAGUGGACUUAACUCUGUACUGGCUGACCUCUUCAACAUCAAAUAUUUGACGUCUCCAUUUUUCGCUAAUGAAAAUGUCCUACAGUGUGCAGUUCAGCUAGCCACUUUUUUUUUGGCCUCUAGAUUUCUCGAAAGACAAUUUGGGUCCCUACAGUUUGGCGCCCUAUUCAUAUGCGGCUGCUUCCUUUCCAAUCUUCUAACUCAUCAGUUUUUAAAAAAUAUUGCCAACAAAAUGGAAACAUUAAAUUUGCUCAGCUUUGUUCUCAUACACCCUUCUGGGUGUAUGGCUUUUAUAUGUGCCCUCUGCUCGAUUUGCUUCAAAAACUGUGCCAUCUGGAAGGACAUCCCUGUGCACUGCUCCAUUUUGGUUGUUCCCUAUCUGCUUUCUUCCUUUUACGGCCUCUUAUCUUUGUACAAAAUUGGAAGGAGCAACUUGGGAAGGACUCACGGGGAGGUCCCUGAUGAAGGAGGCGCCCCCAGUCAGCGGGGCAAUCUCCAAACUGUGGACGCGAAGGGCCAUCCCUACGAAGGUGCCCCACAUGUGGGUAUACCAACCAGCAGCAGCAACAGCAGCAACAGCAGCAACAGCAGCAACAGCAGCAACAGCAGCAACAGCAGCAGUAGUAGAAGCAGCGGUAGUAGCCAUGGCAACGACAAAGGACAACCAAAUGGCCACCCCAGUAAUAGACCCAUCCCAAGUGAAACCAUGGAAACCCUAAGGAACUUCCUAAUCGUGAAAGCCUGUGAUUCAGUCAUUAAGAGGCGCAAAAAGGAAAAUCUGUUUCCAAACAAAAGGCUGCAAAACCUCAAAAAUGAAUCGCUAAGAAAUAUUAACGAAAUUAGCAAUAAAUCGAAGAAAAUAUUUUUUGGUUUGUCUUCUUCCUUUACGGACAUAUGCGGCAUCCUGCUCGCAGCUUGCGGGCCCCUCCUUUUUAAGAUGCUCAGGUAG